CCCUUUACUAAGCUCAGAUAUAGCUCAUUGCCGGUUAAUAAGAACCACUGUCUACAUACUGACUGUAUCUGUUGUGUUUCUAGCAGCUAUUCAGGCUCAGCAGUAUCAGAAACUAUCUGGUAUCUGUCUCCGCAGGUGUGUCACUCCGCGUGCCCAUAUCGGGAAAGCGCGAGCGGAACCCGCGCACCUGUGAGCUGACGUCACGGGCUGAACUAAGUACCUGCACAGACUCGUCUAGCUGAAGUCACUCACUUACCGAAACUACCUUGAAGAGAACGGACAAAGAAGCGACGACGAAAAAGGAAUAUAUCUAUAAUUAAUUUCUCUGUUUUUUUCAUUACCUAUCAUUACUACGAAUUUUCACAGAGGAUACAGUCAGAUGGGGCGAGCUCAGUUCGCGGUUUGUGGGAUUUUAAUCGUCGUUUUUCAGACUUUGACUUUAGUGUCUGCUGAGGAUCCAAAAUGUCAACCUGGAUUCCAGUCAGAGUUGUUGAGUUUCACAGUGACCAGGAAGCACCUAAGAGGGGGCACGAGGCUGGGCAAAGUGGGCUUCACUGACUGCACAGACCGCGCAAGAUUUCUUUUCACCAGUGAUGACAGCCGCUUCAUGGUACACACAGACGGCACACUGAUGGUGAAGAGACAGGUUGUUCUACAUGAUGGACACACAGAAUUCUUCAUCCACUCCUGGGACUCACAAGGUCGCAAGAUGACAGUUCCUGUCAUGGUAGUGCAUCACGGGCAUCACCAUGGGAAUCACCAUGGCAACCAUCACCAAAAUGAAGAGCAUCAACAUGGAGACCACAAACACCACAACCAUCAGCAACACCAUUCUGAAGUAGACUCUGCAAAAACCACAGAGAGUGAAGCUGAUCCAGCGCUGCCUGUUCUGCAUUUCCCCAAGUCUAGUGAAGGGCUGAGGAGGAGGAAGAGAGAAUGGGUUAUUCCUGACAUCAAUGUUCCUGAGAAUGAGAGAGGACCAUACCCCCUAAAAGUAUCUCAGAUCCGAUCCAAUGAAGAUAAAAUAAAGAAGAUCUAUUACAGCAUUACUGGUCCAGGAGCUGAUCAGGAGCCUGUCAACCUUUUCACCAUGGACAGACUCACUGGUAUUCUGUACGUCACACAGCCACUGGACAGAGAGAAGCAGGCCAAGUACAUGUUUCAGGCACAUGCUGUGGCAGAGGGUGCAGGAAAUGCUGAGGAGCCCAUGGAAAUUAUCGUGAAUGUAAUUGACCAGAAUGACAACAAGCCGAUAUUUGCAAAGGACACCUACUUGGGAGAAGUUGCUGAGGCCUCAACAAUAGGUACAGAUGUGAUUACGGUCACAGCCACAGAUCUGGACCAGCCAGACCAUGACAACUCGGACAUCCGCUACCGUAUUAUGGACCAGGACCCAAAGUUGCCCAGCUACCCUCUGUUUAUCAUCAACGCAGUCACCGGAGCCAUCAGAGUCAAUGCUGGUGGUCUAGACAGAGAGAAAUACCCAAAGUACACUCUGGAGGUACAAGCAGCUGACAUGAAGGGAGAGGGACUGAGUACAACAACGAAAGUAAUCCUCACUGUGACAGAUAGUAAUGACAACGCUCCAGUCUUCACUCAGCCCUCUUAUGAGGGAACAGUUGCAGAAAAUAAAGUGGGUGCUGUGGUCCUUACCAUGUCAGUAACAGAUGGUGAUGAGCCACAUUCCCCAGCCUGGAACGCCAAGUUCAAGAUUGUCGAUGGUGAUCCUGGACAAAUUUUCAGUGUGAACACAGGAGUUAACAAACAUGAAGGAAUCCUCACCACCAUAAAGGGUGCUGACUUUGAGAGGUCCGGCAAACACACUCUGAUGAUUGCAGUGGAGAAUGAGGUUCCUUUUGCUGUUCCACUCCCUACUGCCACCGCCACUGUAGUGGUGACUGUGGAAGAUGUCAAUGAAGCUCCGUUCUUUGAUCCAGUGGAGAAGCUUGUGUCUAAACCAGAGAACCUUGCCAUCGACAGUGAAGUGGUGCGCUACACUGCUAAUGAUCCGGACAUUGCACGCAAACAGACAGUCUCGUAUAAGAUAGUUAGUGACCCAGCGGGCUGGUUGACUGUGAACAAAGACACGGGCGUGAUUACAGUGAAGAACGCCAUGGACAGAGAGUCUCACUUUGUAAAGGACAACAAAUACACAGCACUCAUUGGUGCAUAUGACAAUGAUGAAGUCCCAGCCACAGGAACUGGUACUCUGAUCAUCCAGCUUGAAGAUGUUAAUGACAACGCACCCUCCAUUGUAGAACGUGAAUUCACUGUGUGUAACAAGGACGGCGCUCCUCAGUUGCUGUCAGUGACAGAUAAAGACGGACCGGGCUUCACUGCUCCAUACAGUGUCUCUCUACAUGGCAUGACUAAGACCAACUGGACUGCUAGGAUGAACGACUCCAAAACAGGCAUCAUCCUGAAUAUGGCUACUGAACUGCCCAGAGGAGUGUACACUGUGAUCCUAAAGGUUGCAGACAACCAGGGCAUGGAGCAGGACAGCACCUUGACUGCCACAGUGUGUGACUGCAAAGGUCACGAUGUAGCCUGCACUGAUCCGCGCAUAGCAGCUGUCAACUUGCCUGUCAUCCUGGGAAUACUGGGAGGUGUCCUGUUGCUACUCAUGCUGCUGCUGCUGCUGCUGAUGUUUGCAAGACGGGGCAAAGGAGAGCAGAAGGUUCCUCUACUGCAGGACGAUGAUAUCAGAGACAACAUCUACUACUAUGAUGAAGAGGGAGGUGGAGAGGACGAUCAGGACUAUGACCUGAGUGUUCUGCACCGUGGUCUGGACAACCGGCCCGAGGUGUUCAGGAAUGACGUGGUGCCAAACUUCAUGCCGGCUCAUCAGUACCAGUACAAGCCCCGCCCAGCCAACCCAGAUGAAAUCGGCAACUUCAUCGACGAUAACCUGAAGGCAGCAGAUAACGACCCAACAGCACCCCCCUACGACUCCCUGCUGGUGUUCGACUAUGAGGGAGGCGGCUCUGACGCAGGAAGCCUGUCGUCACUGAACUCAUCAAGCAGCGGAGACCAGGACUACAACUGCCUCGGCGAAUGGGGACCCCGCUUUAAGAAACUGGCCGACAUGUACGGAGGAGGAGAAGACGAUGACAUGCUGUAAACGUACCAAAGAACAAACGCAGCGGAUAGGUGGAUGGACGUACGGCCAAGUGAAUGUUCUAUUAAUGUAAGCAUGGACUGAGAAUCCCAGGGAAACUCCCGUCAGCCCUGUGUGUGGAUUAUGUUUCACCGUUCAGUGCAGUCCUAUCAGAAGCCAAAGGAUGAAUUUGUUCUUUUAUAAACCCCCCCUCUGUCUGUCUGUUAGACCCCUGUUUGACUUGUAGGCUGAUGACUAAAAAUGCUUUCUGUUUUUCGUUCUGAAGCCAUGUCAUCAGUCUCAAUGUUCAUUUAUGAAUUUUGUACAGAGUUGAGAUAUUUUGGCCUGCAUCAUAGCUUACUGGGUGACGCUGGACACACGCAGACGCUUGCACUGGUAACAUUGUGUAAUUUUGGCAAUGUGUGGUACUUUACAUUUUUUGUUUGUUUGUUCAUGUUUGUACUUCUGCUUGAAUUAAAUUUCAUAGUUUGUAUUUCUGUUUUGAGACAUAAAAUGAUCAAGAUAAAAUGCAGGUAGCCAGCCAAUGGCCAAUGAGUUAUCAAGAAGUGCUUUUUAAAAUAUUUGAUAAGUAGCUGUUCAGUUGUCUGUACUACAUUGUAAUUUCAACACCUUUUGUUGUUUGGGUACAAACACUUUGUUAAUUUUGGAUUUUUAUAAAGUUAUCUUAGUACAAUUAC